AUGGUGGGCGCUUCGGUAGAGAGUGGUCAAGUACGGCUUUACGUGCGUAUGGAAGGUUUUUGUCCAUUCGCUCUCUUUGUGGAUGAGGACAUGCACAGAGAUGCACAGGAGGAACUCGCCCGUCACUAUGCACGAGAUCGAUAUGGACCAAAAGCGGAUGUGGAUCUUGUCUUGGUGCGAUGUGUUCUAUUCACUGGAAACGAUCUUUUGAUGGAUUUUGCCUGUGUUAAGAGGAAACAGCAGAAGCGGCUACAAGCACCACUUAAUGCUGAAGCUCUGUCUGCUGUAAAUUCUAAACAAUCUCAGUUACAAGAGAUGAAGAGCAAAUCUACUUUUAUUAAUGUUUUACCCGUAUACCAAGGUUCUGGAUCACCUGAAGCAGUUCGUGAAUCGUACCGUAGUAAAGCAACGUCAACAUUAGGAAGCAACCAUGUAGUAUCUAGAGAAGCAAAUGAUGCUGCGUUAUUGAUGCCAUCAACGACAUAUUUAUCUUUUGUAGCAUUUCAUCGACUAGUUUUAAUGAUGACAGAUCCACGUAAUCCACAACGGGAAUUAUAUACCCGUAUUUUCCUCCUCACGUACCGUCAAUUUGUAUCACCUAAAGAACUACUUGAUCGAAUCCUUGAGCGAUAUGAAGUACCUUUGUUAACAAAGUCUGGUGAAAGUGAUCGGAGUCCGCUUGAGCAUCAGAUUUUCUUAGAACUAAGACGAGAUAUCCAAUUUAUAGUAUUUUGGGUACUUGAGUUUUGGGUAAAGAACUACUAUGAAGAUUUUGCAGAUGAUACACUUUACUAUCAUUUAGAAAGAUGA